ACUUUGAUAUUUUGACAUAGGAUCUUUCAGCAGAGAUAAUGAAUCCGAUUCAUAAAUUGAAGGUGAAAAUCCCUGGGAUGCAGACAACCUUAGUUGAGCUCCCUUUCCUAGCGGGGCAAAAGAGAGGAAAAGGGGGUGGUGGCGAGCCACCCAGAGCGCAGCCUAAGCAGCAGCUGCGUCAGGAGCAGCCAUUGGAAGGAGCUGUCUGCGGCGGGGAGUGCUGCACUGAGCAUGUUCGAGCCCAUCCUAGUCCAAGCUGCAGCAGCAGCAGCAGCCACAGCAGCAGGAGCCGCCUCUCAUUAUGCAAAGCAGCGGCUCCGGCAGAUGGAAGAGGGGCCAAACAAGAGCGCAUUUCCUUUCCUGCUGGGCAGUUUGCACAUCGGCCUGGCUUCCCCGGGAGUCUCCCCCAGACCCAGCCGGGGAAUGAAAAUCUGUGGGAUGGCCUGACUGUAGGCAGGGCGGCAUUGCAGCGGGAUUGCAACAUGGGGAACCAGGAUGGCAAACUGAAGAGGAGCGCAGGUGAUGCCUCCCUUGAAGGAGGGGGAGGUGGUAGCGGUGGUGGGGAGGAUGCUGUUGGGCCCAGGGAUGCUGAAGGAACCAAGAAGGGGAGCGGAGGCAAGAAGGCUCUGGGCAAACAUGGAAAGGGAGGAGGGGGAGGUGGCACUGGAGAGCCUGGCAAGAAGAAGAGCAAGUCAGACUCCAGAGCCUCGGUUUUUUACAACCUGCGGAUCAGGAAAAACCUAUCUAAGGGAAAGGGGAGCGUUGGUUCACGGGAAGAUGUGCUGGACUCCCAGGCCCUGCAAACAGGGGAGCUGGACAGCGCUCACUCCUUGGUCACCAAGACCCCUGAUCUCAGCCUGUCUGCUGAUGAAGUGGGUCUGUCAGAUACAGAGGGCGCAGACCCUUUUGAAGUCAGCUGUCCAAGUGCAGUAGGGCCUGCAGGAAUCGGGGUUCAAUCUGCCAUAGAAGGGGAUUUGGAAGCAGCCCCUGGGACGCAAGAUGGACAAAGGACCAGUUCAGGCUCAGACACAGACAUCUAUAGCUUUCAUUCGGCCACAGAGCAGGAGGACUUGCUCUCAGACAUUCAGCAAGCAAUUCGGCUCCAGCAGCAGCAGCAACAGCAACAGCAGCAGCAGCACCAGGGUGGUAUGGUCAGCUCCGGGGACAUUUCAGUGCCCCUGGGCUCUGCUCCUCUUCAACCGGGAGCCUUCCUUGGCCUGGACCAUUUUCUACUGGGGCCUGUCAGUAAGGCAGGGGAAGCACCAGGGAGUCCAGACACAGAGCAAGCUUUAUCUGCCCUCUCUGACCUCCCAGACAAUUUGGCCCCUGAGCUUCCAAUGCAGGAAAAGCCAUCACCCCCUAGUGGUGUGGAUUGGGAGGUAACUACCCCUGUGGCUACUUUGCCAUCAGCUACAGACUCUCUCUCUACUGCCUUUCCCUUCCCAGAAUCAGGGCAGGGGGAUACUGCAACUGUACCAUCUGCUGGGGGAGCAGGAGACACAGAUGAUGAUGAUGAAGAUGAUGCAUUUGAGGAUGCUCCCAGGGGUUCUCCUGGGGAGGACUGGGACAAAGGCACCCAGGAGACUCCCUCUGAGAUAGGAGAGGAGGAGGCUGAAGUGUCAGGGGUAUGUCUAACACCUACCCAAAUGGACAGUCCUGUCCCUAGUCCCCGCUGCUUCAAGCCUUACCCACUAAUUAAUCCUUGUUACAUCAAGACCACCACUCGACAACUUAGUUCACCCAACCACUCACCUUCUCAGUCCCCUAGCCAAAGCCCCCGUUUUGUGAGAAGGCUGGAGCCUUCUUUGAGCCGGAGUCAGAAGGCUGCCUUGGCCUCUACUGAUGCCCAGGUCAAGAAGCAAAAGACAGGCAGCAGCAGCCUGAUUGGGGGACUGAGCCGCUCUGCUGACUGGACAGAGGAGGUGGAGAGGAGAGAGCCCAGGGCAGGUGGCUCAGCAGACUUGCUUGAAUGUGGGGCAGCCCAGGAAGGAGCUGAUGGAAUCCCCCCAACUCUGUCCAGAAAGUCCUCAGGAGUGCAGGCUGCCACAGAGGGUUUCCAGAAUGUAUUCACAGGGCGUACUCUGUUGGAAAAGCUGUUUAGCCAGCAAGAGAAUGCACCACCAGAAGAAGCGGAGAAAUUUUGUUCUCGGAUUAUUGCGAUGGGUCUUCUACUUCCUUUCAGCGACUGCUUCAGGGAGCAAUGUAACCAGAGUGCACAGCAAAGCUCAGCUCCAUUUGAUCAAGAUCAACUUUAUACCUGGGCUGCAGUCAGUCAACCCACACAUUCUCUGGACUACACAGAGGAGCAGUUUCCAAGGAGAAUCCCCCGUGUCUGGUCUCCAGCUAAGCCUCCUGAUGAAGAACAUGGGCCCAAGGAGCUUGAAGAAGAGGAUACUGAAGAGUUUCAAGCUGUCAUUUUGGAAACACAGAAAAAGUGUUCAGAUGCUCUUCAACAGGAAACUUCUGACAUGAAGUCUGAGGAACAUGCAAAUGUAAUUCAGCAGCUGGAGCAGACAAUUGAAAAUCUAAGGACCAAAAUAGCUGAACUAGAGAAGCAAUACCCUACUACUACUACUGGCAUGGAGAUUGGAAAACAAGUGGCUGAGAGGGGAAUGGCUGAAGGUGUCUGUCAUGAAGAUCUUCAAUUAAAUGAAGAAGAAAUAAGACAUGAAAGGAUGUUACAUGUAAAAUCAGUACAGACUUCACCAACAGAGGAGGGCAGUGCAUCUGUAAUGCCUUUUGCUAACACACUGCCACAGCAUCUUCCACUCACUCAGGAGGCUAUAAAUGGACAGCCAACCAUGCCAUUGACACCUUCUGGACCUCAAACAAAGUUUUGUUCAGAGAUUUCUUUGAUCGUUUCACCAAGGUUAAUAUCUGUACAGCUUGAUGCCAAUCAAUCCAUACAGUGUGUAUCACAGCCUCCACCACCUCCAUCCCUCCCAGGUUCUGAUAAUCAAGAAAAGAUUCUAACACAGCCUCCCCCAACACCUUUUAUAAAUGAAUGUGUGACCAGCCAUGAACAUUCCCUUCCCACAUCUUUUGAAAAUAGUCAUGACAUUCUACCCUCCCCUCAUGUAACUGGCAGACAACUGAAUCCUCCCCUGCCUAGUGCAGGUAUCCCACCACCACCUCCCCCCCCUGGUGUGGACAUUCCACUUCCUCCACCUCUACCUCCUUCGCCUGGUACAGCACCUUCCAUUUCCAUAUCUGGAUCAGGCAUGAUGAUUCCUACUCCAUCUCCCCUUACUGACAUGACAGUGCUGCCCACUCUUAUACCUCUACCUGGCUCAGAAAUACCCCCUCCUCCACCUCUGCCUGGUGUAGGGGUUCCCCCUCCUCCUCCACCUCUGCCUGGAGUGGGGAUCCCUCCUCCCCCGCCUCUGCCUGGAGUGGGGAUCCCCCCUCCCCCGCCUCUGCCUGGAGUGGGGAUCCCCCCUCCCCCGCCUCUGCCUGGAGUGGGGAUCCCGCCUCCCCCGCCUCUGCCUGGAGUGGGGAUCCCCCCUCCCCCGCCUCUGCCUGGAGUGGGGAUCCCCCCUCCCCCGCCUCUGCCUGGAGUGGGGAUCCCUCCUCCCCCGCCUCUGUGUGGUGUGGGGGUCCCUCCACCUCCUCCACCUUUGCCUGGAGUGGGGGUCCCACCCCUUUCUGCACCCCCUCUGCCACCUGGAUCAGGUCCUCCACCUCCACCACAAGCUGGGGCCAGUACAUUGCCAAACAUUAUGCUUCCACAAGUAUGUGGAUUCCUUCCUCCUCCAUUGCCAGCUGGCUUAUUUGGAAUAGGCUUGAAUCAGGACAAAGUGAGUAGGAAACAAGCAAUAGAACCUUGUCGACCAAUGAAGCCUCUUUAUUGGACAAGAAUUCAGCUACAUAGUAAAAGAGAUUCUAGCAUUUCUCUGAUUUGGGAAAAGAUUGAAGAGCCAUCUAUAGAUUGUCAUGAGUUUGAAGAAUUAUUUUCUAAAACUGCUGUAAAAGAGAGGAAGAAACCUAUUUCUGACACCAUAACAAAGACCAAGACUAAACAAGUUGUCAAGUUAUUAAGCAACAAAAGAUCACAAGCAGUUGGAAUACUAAUGUCAAGCCUUCAUUUAGAUAUGAAAGACAUACAGCAUGCUGUUGUGAAUUUGGAUAACUCUGUAGUUGACCUGGAGACCCUUCAAGCCCUGUAUGAAAAUAGAGCACAGACAGACGAAUUGGAAAAAAUUGAAAAGCAUGGCAGAUCAUGCAAAGAAAAAGAAAAUGCCAAGUCUCUGGACAAACCUGAACAGUUCCUUUAUGAAUUAUCACUAAUACCCAACUUUUCAGAGAGAGUCUUUUGCAUCCUGUUCCAGUCAACAUUUUCAGAAAGCAUUUGUUCUAUUCGCCGCAAACUUGAACUACUCCAGAAGUUGUGUGAGACAUUGAAAAAUGGGUCAGGGGUUAUGCAGGUUCUAGGUCUGGUUCUUGCCUUUGGUAAUUACAUGAAUGGUGGGAACAAGACUCGGGGACAGGCAGAUGGUUUUGGAUUAGACAUUCUUCCAAAGCUGAAAGAUGUCAAAAGCAGUGACAAUAGCCGGAGUCUUUUAUCGUAUAUUGUUUCAUAUUAUCUUCGAAAUUUCGAUCAGGAUGCUGGAAAAGAACAAUGUGUUUUUCCACUGCCAGAACCCCAGGACCUCUUUCAGGCCUCCCAGAUGAAGUUUGAAGACUUUCAGAAAGAUCUUCGUAAACUGAAGAAAGAUUUGAGAGCCUGUGAAACUGAAGCAGGAAAAGUUUAUCAGAUGUCCCUAGAGGAGCACAUCCAACCUUUCAAAGAAAGUAUGGAGCACUUCAUUUUUCAAGCAAAAAUUGACCAAGAAGCUGAGGAGCAUUCAUUGACAGCGGCACAUAAAUGCUUUUUGGAAACUACAGCUUAUUUCUUCAUGAAACCAAAAAUGGGAGAGAAGGAAGUGUCCCCAAAUGUUUUCUUCAGCCUCUGGCAUGAAUUCAGUUCUGACUUUAAAGAUUUCUGGAAAAAAGAGAACAAACUUAUUCUCCAAGAAAGAGUAAAAGAAGCAGAGGAAGUGUGUAGGCAGAAAAAAGAAAAAUCCUUGUAUAAAAUAAAGCCGAAACAUGACUCUGGAAUUAAAGCAAAGAUAAGCAUGAAAAUCUGAUCACCAAAAGUCAGAACAGAUAUAGCAUUGCCACUAGAUGGACAAAGUUUAAUGUAUUUAGGGGGGGAAGGAAACUACAUCAUUUUGAUCAUUGUUUUUUUCAUCUUGACCUGAGUCUAGUUUCUGUUUUCUUGACUGAUUUCACUGAUCAAUUCCACUGUACUGUGCACAAAUUAAAUAUAAAAAGUAAAAUAAUUAAAUUUAUUGACCCAGAAAAUAAACUACUUUUUACAUUAAAAAAACUCAUUGCAUGCUAUAUGUCCUCCUUUUGCGACAAUCAGAUAUUUAAUUUUAUUUGAGAUGCAUUCCUGAAAUUUUAACAGGUAUUAUCUAAUUCUUUAUUAUAAAACAACCAUUUUAUCACAUAAAGUUCUAAGUGUAUCUUUGAUUGACAGUCAAUUUUUUUCUUGACCAUUGCCUAAAAGUUUUAAAUAGAUUUAAAUCAGAUAAUUUUCCAGGCUAGAGACAUAUUUAUUAGAUCCAUUUCCUAUCAUUUCACGAUGUUAUCAUUAAAAACAAUAGUUAAAUAUUCCAUCUCCAUUUGGUAAUUCCUUUAAUUUUAGAGAUAUUUAUUAGAAUUCAUUAUUCCUUCAAUAGGCACAGACUUCUAGGUUCUCUGGAAGAUUAAAAAAAGUUUCCUAAAUAUUCUUUGCAGAUGGAUGUUUUACAGUCAGAUAAAGUGUUCCAAAUAUUACAAACUCACUAUUUUUGGAAUAGCUUUAAGUGAAAAAAAUACAACACUUUAGUUUUUAUCAACAACAACAACAACAACAACAAAAAAAAAAACCUUUUCUUAAUCUGAAGUACUAUAGUCUUUGUAUUAUUUUGCCCAUGACAAGCAGCAAACAUUAUUUUAUGCAUUACAAUGGUUAGCAGCUGAUUUUAAUUUUUUUCAUUGUUAUUCCAAUUGCAAGAAGCCUAUACAUACUAUAGAGGAAUCAAAAGCAAAUGCUCCAGCUGGAAACCCUUCUCCCCUCUAGGUCUUUGCCCAUUUUUUGAUGAUUAAUUAGGUUAUUGUAAAGCAGUAAGUUAUCAGUUUGUUUUUAAACCACUUUUCACUUUUCAUAUUGGUGUAACUGUUAUUUAGUUUGGAAUUUGAAUUAUCCUUUAUUUUUCCAUGUUGAAAACUACUAAAAUAUCCCUAACAGCAAUUGAAGUGUGCACUUUAAGAACUACUAUUUCAUACAUUUGCUCAGAGUAAAAAAAAAAAAAAACCCAACAACAAUAGGAAGCAGUGAAACAUGUAUGGGAUGAAAUGUGACACGCAAAGGGUAGAAAUCUGAUUAAACACAAGAAAAUCAGAUCAAUCCAUUUUCAUCUGGCUAAAGACUGAUGUUCUAAAUCAGUUUGAUGUCAAUAAAAGCACAACACAACUGUUAACUGUUCCAAAAUGAAACUAUGUCAAAGUCAUUAUUUUCUCCAAGUAAUUCAUACACCAUACCACAAUACGUUAAAAAACAAUAGCAAAAGUGAUCUAUCCAGAAGUAGAUUAGGAGGAAUAUUUUUUAAAAUUUUAUUAUAUUAUAUAUUUAAUUUUUAUUUUCGAGCCUAUGGAAUAACACCAAAAGACAUAAAGAACACACAUGGAGCAGUAUCUAUGAAGAUUCUGAACCUAGUGAAAACUUAAACUUGGGUUUAAACUCUCAGAUUGCUACAAUGUGGAUUAAUGUUUCCAUUUCCACUAGCAAUUAGACUCCAUCACACUGCACUGAAAUUUAUAAAGAAAAUUGUUACUACUGGUGAAUUAUUUGCAUCUAUCUGAUGUUCACAUUUGUAUUUUAAAUUUGAAUUUUAUCUGCUCAGUAUAAUCAACACUUACCAACUCUUUGGUUGCUUUCCAUACCCAGAUAAUUGUGAAGAUGAUUAUAGGUAUUUUUUUUUUCUGAUUCUUAAAUUAUUCCAGAUAGUAAAUAGGGACAGGAGAGUGAGGAAAGGAGUACCAACAAACACAAAAAGAAACUGUUCUUAGCAAUUAACAGGAAGGCAAAGGAAUUUUCAUUUUAAUGAAGAUAUUUUUAUUUAGUUUUAAAUUUUUUGUCUUGAAGGAAUCUAAUGAUUUUCUUAUGUACAAUCAUUUAGAAGCAACAAUCUAUCCUCUUCAUUGCUGCUUCACAUACCCUCUCAAAGGACCAUUUAUCAAUAUUUGGAAGGAAUUUAAAUACUUGAUACCUACAGAUUUUCAACUUGGGCAGGAACAGGAAUAAAAUAAGCCCCUGAUUGAAUUGCAGUUUACUCUUGUUUUAUUAUUUGUGACCUGCCAGGAUAGUUAGGCAAUACUAAAAGGAAUUAGAAAUGCUCUUGGCUUUUUCAGAAUUAAUAAUGUGCCAAGAUAAUUUAAAAGAUGCAAAAUGAGAAUCUAGUUAUAUUUUUAUCUAAUAGAUUAUUUUUUAAAAGAUUUUCUUUGUUUUGCUUUCUUUUAGCUCAGAAAAAGAAAAAAAAAUUGUGGGCUUAAAAUGCAUUAUGUUGGUUAGUAAGCCUACCCAAGGUGAUUCCAUUAAAAAAAAAAAA